AUGGCGAACCGAAACAACGAUGCUGGUCGACCCAAUCUCCGUAUAACAAUCAUCGCCGCAGAUGGCUUGUAUAAGCGAGAUGUCUUCCGCUUCCCCGACCCCUUUGCCGUCGCGACCAUCAACGGAGAGCAGACCAAGACGACGACGGUGAGCAAGAAGACGCUCAAUCCGUAUUGGAACGAGAGUUUUGAUUUCCGGGUUGAUGAGGGCAGCAUCCUCGCCGUCCAGGUGUUUGACCAGAAGAAGUUCAAGAAGAAGGACCAGGGUUUCCUUGGCGUUAUCAAUAUCCGAAUCGGCGACCUGAUUCCUGAAGUCGGACCCGAGGCCGACGAUCAAAUGAUUACUAGGGAUCUCAAGAAAUCGACUGAUAACCUCGUUGUGCACGGCAAGCUCAUCCUCAACCUGUCUUGCAAUCUCAGCACUCCCAUUCGCGCCGGCCAAGCAUCAUCAUCGAACCGACCCACACUCGGAGCACCCAGUGGCUCCAACCUGUCGACGCUAUCUGCUCCGGCUGGUGAACGACCAAGUUCGGCCAUGUCUGGCCCCAACGGCAACGCGCUCAGCUCCCAACCAAACCUCGCCGGCCAUCCAGCCAGCGUCAGUGCCGCGCCUGCCUCUGCGAGUGUCAAUGGCUCUACGCGCCCCAACAGCCAACUGAGCCCGUUCGAAGACGCUCAAGGCCGCUUGCCCGCAGGCUGGGAACGCAGAGAAGAUAACCUGGGCCGCACCUAUUAUGUAGACCACAACACCCGGACCACCAGCUGGAACCGACCGACAGCCAAUGGGACCGCCGCCGAAGUCCGCAACGAACGAGAGGCUGUUACCCAAGUCGAGCGCCAGAGACACCAAAACCGAACUUUGCCCGAAGAUAGAACUGGUACCAGCUCGCCAACCCUUCAGCAACAGCAAGCAGGCUCUGGUUCUGGUAGCCCCGUCGGCGGCGCUGCGAACAAUGCUGCUCCCAACGGCAGCCACACGGCCAUGAUGCACACCGGCGCCACUAGCCCUGGCUCCGGUGAGCUCCCUCCGGGUUGGGAACAACGCUGGACUCCUGAAGGACGACCAUACUUUGUCGAUCACAACACUCGCACCACGACCUGGGUCGAUCCUCGCCGACAGCAAUUCAUCCGUAUGUAUGGCCAGAACAACACUAACGGCCAGAUCCAGCAACAACCCGUUUCUCAGCUUGGCCCCUUGCCGAGCGGCUGGGAGAUGCGUCUCACAAACACCGCCCGAGUCUACUUUGUGGACCACAACACCAAGACGACCACCUGGGAUGACCCGCGUCUUCCCUCGUCUCUGGAUCAGAAUGUGCCCCAGUACAAGCGAGACUUCAGACGGAAGCUUAUUUACUUCCGCUCUCAGCCUGCUAUGCGUAUUCUUAGCGGACAAUGCCAUAUCAAGGUCCGACGAUCGCACAUUUUCGAAGACUCCUUUGCCGAGAUUACUCGCCAGUCUGCUACAGACCUAAAGAAGCGUCUCAUGAUCAAAUUCGAUGGAGAAGACGGUCUUGAUUACGGUGGUCUGUCCCGAGAAUUCUUCUUCCUCCUUUCACACGAAAUGUUCAACCCUUUCUACUGUUUAUUCGAGUACUCAGCGCAUGAUAAUUAUACCCUUCAAAUUAACCCCCACUCUGGUAUCAACCCAGAGCAUCUCAACUAUUUCAAAUUCAUUGGCCGUGUGGUCGGUAUGGCCAUCUUCCACCGUCGGUUUUUGGAUGCCUUCUUCAUUGGGGCUCUCUACAAGAUGGUCUUGGGCAAGGGAGUCACGUUGGCAGACAUGGAAGGAGUCGACGCCGAUUUCCACCGAUCAUUGCAGUGGAUGCUAGAUAAUGAUAUUUCAGGAGGAAUCCUGGAACAAACAUUCUCCACGGAAGAUGAGCGCUUCGGUGUAUUGACCACCGAAGAUCUGAUUCCCGGCGGCCGUGAUAUUGAAGUGACGAAUGAGAACAAGAAGGAGUAUGUGGACCUCAUGGUUAAAUGGCGUAUCGAGAAGCGUAUUGCCGAGCAGUUCCAGGCGUUCAAGGAGGGUUUCCAAGAGCUGAUUCCCCACGAUCUCAUCAAUGUAUUUGAUGAGCGUGAGCUGGAGUUGCUCAUUGGCGGUAUUGCGGAGAUUGACGUUGAUGAUUGGAAGAAGCACACCGACUACCGAGGCUACACUGAAUCGGACGAAGUUAUCCAGAACUUCUGGGCAACAGUGCGAUCCUGGGACGGCGAGCAGAAGUCGCGUUUGUUGCAGUUCACCACUGGUACUUCCAGAAUCCCCGUCAACGGAUUCAAGGAUCUUCAGGGCAGCGAUGGUCCCAGAAGAUUCACAAUCGAAAAGGCCGGCGACUUGAAUAACCUACCCAAGGCACACACUUGCUUCAACCGUAUUGAUUUACCCCCAUAUAAAACAUUGGAAACGCUACAGCAGAAACUCACAAUUGCCGUUGAGGAGACUAUGGGCUUUGGCCAAGAAUAG